AUGAGCGCACAGAACCUUUCCUUCGUCCUGCAGGGCAUCCACCAGGUGAAAUUCGAAGACCGUCCGAUCCCAGAGCUGAAGGAUCCCCAUGGAGUCAUCGUGAACGUCCGGUUCACCGGUAUCUGUGGUAGCGAUGUCCACUACUGGGAGCACGGCUCGAUCGGUCAGUUCGUCGUGAAAGACCCAAUGGUGCUGGGCCACGAGUCGUCGGGCGUCAUCACCAAGGUCGGGUCGGCCGUGACGACGUUGAAGGUGGGCGACCGGGUCGCGAUGGAGCCGGGCAUCCCUUGCCGGCGGUGCGAGCCCUGCAAGGCGGGCAAGUACAACCUCUGCUACGAGAUGGCGUUCGCAGCGACCCCGCCGUACGACGGCACGCUGGCCAAGUACUACGCGCUGCCGGAGGACUUCUGCUACAAGCUGCCGGAGCAGAUCACGCUGCAGGAGGGGGCGCUGAUGGAGCCGCUGGGGGUGGCGGUGCACAUUGUGCGGCAGGCGGCGGUGACGCCGGGCCAGUCGGUGGUGGUGUUCGGCGCGGGGCCGGUCGGAUUGCUGUGCUGUGCGGUUGCGCGGGCGUUUGGCGCGUCCAAGAUCGUCGCCGUCGACAUCCAGAAGCCGCGCCUGGAGUUCGCCAAGAACUACGCGGCGACGGCCAUCUUCGAGCCGGCCAAGGUCGCGGCGCAGGAAAACGCGGCGCGCCUCAUCGCCGAGAACGACCUGGGCCCCGGUGCGGAUGUCGCCAUUGACGCCUCCGGCGCCGAGCCGUCCGUCCACACGGGUAUCCACGUGCUUCGCACGGGCGGCACCUAUGUGCAGGGUGGCAUGGGUCGCAGCGAGAUGAACUUCCCCAUCAUGGCGGCGUGCACCAAGGAGUUGAACGUCAAGGGCAGUUUCCGCUAUGGCAGCGGGGACUACAAGCUUGCGGUCGAGCUGGUGGCGUCCGGCCGCGUCAACGUGAAGGAGCUGAUCACCGGCGUUGUCAAGUUCGAAGAGGCCGAGCAGGCAUUCAAGGAGGUCAAGGCAGGAAAGGGUAUCAAGACUCUCAUUUCCGGUAUUGAAGCAUAA